AUGGGAAAUUUCAAAUACUUGUUGGCCGCCUUGGUCGCAUUUGGGCUGGUCGUUUACCAGAAAACUUCCAUCGAUAUCGUGAAGCCCGAAACAAUGCCCAUGGACGUUUGUUGGGGAUCCGAUUCCGGCCGGACGAAAGACCGUAGCAAUGCCAAAGAAGUUCGACCAUUUGUGAUAAACGUCACUUCCGAAGUCCUCGCAGACUUGAAGAACAGGCUUUCCAACGCCAAACCGAUCGUAAAGCCGUUGCGGAGCGUGAAUUUCGAGUACGGCUUCAACGGCGACCAUUUGGCGAAGAUCAUUGACCACUGGUCAAACCGUUACGAUUGGACCGCCAGACAGGCGUACCUGAACUCGUUGCCACAGUUCAAGACCAACAUUUUCGGUCUAGACCUACAUUUCAUACACGCGAAACCCCCAGCACAGACCACUGCCCGGACGAUCCCACUGCUCUUGCUGCAUGGGUGGCCCGGAUCCGUCGUCGAGUUUUACAAAAUUAUUCCGAUGCUGACCACCCCGGUUCCCGGUCUCAAUUUUGUGUUCGAAGUGGUAGCGCCAUCGUUACCGGGUUACGGGUUUUCGGACGCGGCCGCCCGGCCCGGCAUGGGUCCAGCGCAGAUGGGCCAAAUGUUCGUUAAGCUCAUGGGGAGGCUCGGCCAUGAAAAGUUCUACAUUCAGGGCGGCGAUUGGGGAGCAGUCAUAACUGAAGCGAUUUCGAAGUUAUUUCCCCACAGGGUAUACGGCAUGCAUUCGAACAUGUGUUCGUCGAUUUCGUCUUUGACACUAAACGAUUAUGUUCGAUUGUUGUUGGGAACUUACUGGCCUUCGAUAAUCGUCAGCAACGAGAACGAAAAAUCCCGGACCUAUCCGCUGAGCAAGAUGUUUUUCGGGUUUCUAGAAGAAUCCGGAUACAUGCAUUUGCAAAUGACCAAACCUGACACAGCAGGAGUCGCUCUGAACGAUUCUCCGGUCGGCUUGGCAGCUUACAUCUUGGAAAAGUUUUCCACCUGGACAUCCAAGGAUUACAAAAAUCUACCGGAUGGUGGCCUGUCCAAGUUCAACACGGACGAACUGUUGGACAACGUCAUGGUAUACUGGAUCACUGGUUCGAUGACCACGUCGAUGCGCCUGUACUCGGAGUACGCCAGUAACAAAUAUCGAGCUCUUCCUCACUUAAUGGCCAAAGUUAAGGUUCCGGCAGCCUGUGCUGUUUUCCCGAACGAGAUGCCUAUAGCGUUGGCAUUGAAGACACUUUUGAUACGUAAAUUCGAAAAACUUAUCAGAGUUACAGAGAUGGAGGCCGGCGGACAUUUCGCCGCGUUCGAACAACCCAGGCUGUUGGCCGAUGACAUCUGGAUGACGGUUUACGAGAUGGAAAGCAUAAGAAUCAAUUCAGUUUAA